CACUCUAAUUUAAUUCACUUCACUCCAAUCCAUCUACUCCACUUUACUCCAUUUUACUCUACUUCACUUCACUCCACUCCAUUUCGCCUCAUUUCGCGUCAUUUCACCUCACUUCUGGCCGACUUGCGUGAGUGCGAUAAAGCCCCCAAGCAACAGACUCGUUCCGGCCGGUCGUGCCGUCUCUUGUCUCCGCCCAAUGACCCUUUCAUUCCGACCUUCGAAGGAGUUGGCACCAAAAUGGCCGCCAAUCACUGUGCAACCGCCGGUUCGCUUGGCCCACUCGCAGACAAUGUACCCGUCGACCAGCUCAAUCUUGUCUCCACGCCCUGGCAACCGGGCACUUGUCGGCAGCACUUGUCAUUCUCACCCAUUCCCUCGACGGAGUAUCGUCCUUUUGUGCUUACUCAUUUUGGCUACUGCGACUUGUCUACACUCAGUUGUCAUGGCAGCAACAGAACGCACCAGUCGACCGUCCCACUCUCCGCCAAGCGUCCCUACGCGACAGGGUUCCACAAGACAUUCGGUAAGACCACCACAUGCGACCCCUUUCUUCCGUUACCCACCAGCACGGGGACCAGUCGAGUAGACCUCAGGUGA